AUGCCCACCUACCGUGCCGCACCCGCCCGGUCAAAACCCCGACGCCGCAGAUACAUCUCUGAUGACGAGCUCGACGGCACAACCGCCGGCGACGAGGACGGCCCGCGGCCCCUGUCGCGCGGCGCUGACCUGGCGGCCCUCCUGCGCGACACCGAGCCGCUCUACGCGCAGUCGCACUACCGCCACCGCGCGCUGCUGCAGCCCGGCAGCGGCGACAUGGCGGCGCCGGCGGACGCUGACGUGGCGGCGGCGGAGGGGCUGAUGGCGCUGGACCUUCGGUCAUUAGCCGAGAGCCUGGCGGCGCUUCCGAUUGGGGAGCUGCUGGGGGUGAGGGACGAGUACGUAUUGGAGGAGGGCGGCCUGGAAUCGCCGGUGACCUGGGCAGCCGGCGCGGCCCCAGGCGCG